AUGACGCCCCCCCUCCCACCCCACUGCACCGUCCUCGUCAUCGGCAGCGGCAACGCCGGCCUCAGCGCCGCCAUCUCCGCCGCCCAAAACGGCGCCGAAUCCGUCCUCCUCGUCGACAAAUGCCCCCCCUCCCACGCCGGCGGCAACACCCACUUCACCGCCGGCGCCUACCGCACCACGCACGCCGGCGCCGCGACGCUCCUCCCGCUCGUCAACAAAAACAACAACAACAACGACAACAACAACGAAAACAACAACGACGACGCGCCUGCCACUUAUAGUCCUGAAGAAGUAUCCAUCCCCCCCUACCCCGCCGCCGCCUUCGCCGCGGACAUCGCGCGCGUGACGGACGACCGUGCGGACCCCAGCCUCGCGGCCGUGCUGGUCAACGACUCGUUGGGUGCGGUGAGGUGGUUGAAGGAGUGCGCGGGGGUGAGGUGGAGGUUGGGGGUGGAGAGGCAGGCGUAUCGCGUGAGCGUCCGGGACGGAGAUGGUGGGGGAGGAGGAGAUGGGGAUGGUGGAGAUGGGGAUGAUGGGGGCGAGGGAAAAGGAGAGGGAGAAGGAGAAGCGCGGCCGGCGGCGCGCUGGCGCUUCUGGGGCGGUCUGGCGCUCGUGACGGAGGGGGGCGGGAAAGGGCUUGUGGAGGACCUGCUUGGGGCGGCGGCGCGGUGGGGGAUCAGGGUCGUGUGGGGGGCGGGGGUGGUGGGGCUGGUGGUUGUGGGUGGUGGUGGUGGUGGUGGUGCAGCGGUGGAUGCUGCUGAGAAGGCGGAGAAGAAGGUCGUCGGCGCCGUGCUGCGGCACGACGGCGUCGACGUGCCCGUGCUCGCGUCGGGAGGGGUGGUGCUGGCGGCGGGCGGGUUCGAGGCGAACGCGGCGAUGAGGGCGCGGUUUCUGGGGAGGGAGUGGGGCGAGGAGGGGCGGGUGCGCGUGAGGGGCACGCCGUUCAACACGGGCGAGGCGCUGGAGGUGGCGGUGCGGGACGCCGGCGCGGCGAGGGCGGGCGACUGGGCCGGGUGCCAUGCCGUGGCGUGGGAUGCGAACGCGCCCCGGAACGAGGACGGAGGCGGGGACAGGGAGAGGACGAACGAGUACACGAAGAGCGGGUAUCCGCUGGGUGUGAUGGUGGACGUGCGGGGCGCGCGGUUCGUGGACGAGGGCGCUGAUUUUCGGAACUAUACGUAUGCGAGGGUGGGGAGGGCGGUGUUGGGGAGGGAGGAGGGCGUGGCGUUCCAGGUGUGGGAUGCCGUUGGGGCGGGCAUGUUGCGGAAGGAGGAGUAUAGGGAGGAGGUGGUGGAGCGGAUCGAGGCUGGGAGCUUGGAGGAGUUGGCCGAGAGGUGCGAGGAGCGCGGGUUGAGGGAUCCCGAGGCGUUCGUAGGGACGAUAAGGCGGUUCAACGAGGCGGCGACGAGGCAUAGGGAGAGGCAUCCGGAGAGGGUGUUUAACCCGGCGGCCAAGGAUGGCGUUGCGACGGAGCCGGGCAUGUUGGACGUGCCCAAGUCGAACUGGGCCCUGCCGAUCGAGAAGCCGCCGUUCCUGGCGGUCAAGGUCGGGUGCGGUAUCACCUUCACCUUUGGUGGGCUGGCUGUCGAGCCUGAAACAGCUGCUGUCAUGUCGGAAUCAACGGGGAAGCCGAUUGACGGAUUGUAUGCUGUGGGUGAGAUGUUGGGAGGACUUUUCUAUGGAAACUACCCCGGUGGCAGCGGCUUGACUGCGGGGACGGUUUGGGGCAGACGAGCUGGCAGGGAUGCAGCGAAGAGAGCACAGAAAGAAAAGGGAGCGACGCGUCUGUGA